GUUGCCUGUCCCUGUGUGCAGAUGCAGAGCUGGGGUGUGAUCUGCUGCGCUCUGCUGGCUCUGGUUGGUGCUGAGGAGUGUCCAGAUGGAGCCAGAUGUAAAGACGGUCAAACCUGCUGCAACGACCCGGUCAACGGCUAUGAAUGCUGCCCGUUUGAUCAGGCUGAGUGCUGUGCGGAUCACAUGCAUUGCUGUCCUUCGGGGACUCUCUGUCAUGCGGAAACGUUCAGCUGUUUGAACACUACUGGCUCCAUCCCCUGGGUGGAAAGAGCUUCUGCUGAUCAGCCCGGAAUCUCCAAAUCCUUCAGGAUGAUCAAGGCGUUCAUGGGGGAGGAGGAAGACAACAUCUGUCCUGAUCAGUCUCGAUGCCCACCUGAGUUUUCCUGCCAGAGGGCUCUGACCAGGUUUGGCUGCUGUCCCCUAGCUCAGGGAGUCCCCUGCUCUGAUGGGAAACACUGCUGUCCUGAGGGCCACCAGUGCAGCGAUGACUGUCGUUCCUGCAUCAAGAAAGAGGUAGUGACUACAGUGUUGUGCAGUGACGGCGUGUCAGAGUGUCCAGAUGAAACCACCUGCUCUAAGACAGAUGGAACGUAUGGGUGCUGCCCAAUGCCAAAGGCCGUGUGCUGCGACGAUAAGAUACACUGCUGUCCUGAAGGGCACACAUGUAAUGUUGAGGAAGGCAAAUGUAUUUCCUCAUCUACCAAAAAAGAGACUCCUAUGUGGGCCAAACUCCCUGCCAGGAUCAGAGCAGACUGGGAGAACCACAAAGGUGAACAAGUCACUGCAAAGACAGUUGUUACAGGUGGAUCAGAAGACCCUGAAUUCACCACCGUAUAUACAGUUUCUCCUACAGAGACGGAAGUAUCACCUGUCACUCAGACAGCUGCAGUAAAUGAUGUGGUCUGUGAUUCUACAUCGGCAUGUCCGGAUAACACCACCUGCUGUAAAAAGAAGGAGGGCCAAUGGUCUUGCUGUCCUCUACCAGAGGCUGUUUGUUGUGAAGAUUUCGCUCACUGCUGCCCAAAAGGUAAGACAUGUAACCUGGCUGCUCAGACCUGUGACGACAACACAUACUCCAAACCCUGGUUCGAGAAGAUACCCUCAAUCCCCAGACAGGGGGCACAGGUGGAGGAUGUUCCAUGUGACGCCCUCAAGAGCUGUCCUGAUGAGACCACCUGCUGCAAGACCAAAACAGGAGACUGGGCCUGCUGUCCUUUACCUAAAGCGGUCUGUUGUGAUGACCUCGAGCACUGCUGCCCUGCUGACACCACCUGUAACCUGGUGAGUCAAACAUGUGACGGCAGCUUGGGCUCGACGCCCAUGAAGCAGAAGUUACCUGCGUUUGGAACAGUGGCACCAACUACAGUGGCCACUACGGCUACAACCGAAAGUGAGGCAACCGACACUGAGCAAACAACCGAGCCUGACGAAGAGGAAGUGACUACCGCACAGCUGGAGAAACAUGACGAGGAAGAGGACAUUCUGUGUGACGCCCACACCAGCUGCCCUCGGUCCACCACAUGCUGCUUCAUGGACCAGUAUCGAAAGUGGGGCUGCUGCCCGCUGAAAGAGGCUGUGUGCUGCUCUGAUGGGAACCACUGCUGUCCCAUAAACUACAAGUGUAACGAGGGCAAGACCACAUGCUUCAAAGGGGAAGUGCAGAUCCCCUGGUACACCAAGCUUCCUGCCACCACCAGCAUCGAGGCACAUCCCAGCUCUGUGGAGUGCGAGGAGCAGGCUCAGUGUCCUGAACGCACCACCUGCUGCCGACUGCAGACGGGCGAGUGGGGCUGCUGCCCGCUACAAAAUGCUGUGUGCUGCACAGAUAAGGAGCACUGCUGCCCGCAGGGUUACACCUGCAACAGUGGCUCUAAGUCCUGUCAGAAGCUUAUCAUGCUGCAGCUGGAGUCCGUCCCUCUAACACUGCUCGAGCAUCAACCCCUGCUCCUUCCCUCUAACGAAAGAGACGUCAAGUGUGAUGAAGUGACCAGCUGUCAAGACGGAGAGACCUGCUGCAAGACAUCUCCGACUGAAUGGGGCUGCUGUCCAUCUCCUAAUGCGGUGUGCUGCAGCGACAUGAUGCACUGCUGUCCCCAGGGCUACACCUGCACUGACACUGGAGACUGCAUCCAGAACGCCAGGGUCCACUGGCAGUACUGGAACGUGUUCCUCGCCAACAAAAAGAGAGCUCUUAUUGUGUGAAAAAAAUCCUUCCUGCACUGUCAUUUGUUUCUGCCUGCAAUUCGCUUAUGGGAAAUAAUAUAAAGGGAUUUUAUGACAAUUGUUUUGUUCUGAGAGGAAAGUAGUUAAAGGGUGAAGGUGACACAUUGAAAUUGAAUUGCACUUGAGGUUAUGAUAUUCUGCAACAACUACUACAUGCAAGAAGAUCAGGGCAUUGGCAUUAUAAUAACUAAUUUAAAGGUCAAAUGGAUCCUUGUUAAUCCAAGCUGCUUGAAACUCCACCUUGUCCAUUAAAACACUCAGGUUAUGAUUGUAUUCACUGUGAAUCAUCUGUUUUUGUAUGUUAUGCUUCAGCUGCCUCAACUUCUUUUAUCAAUAAUCAGCCAAAAUUCUGGGUAUAAUUUGACAUAAUUGUAUGAUUAUAAUGUAUGUGAUUCCACCUAAAUAUAUAAAUGAAUCUGAUGCAGUACUGUUAUCUGGUCAGUACUUUAUAGAGAUGUUUGUGGCAUAAUCUGUAAUAAGAUAUUAUCUUCAAGAGUUUACAUUGUGUUGAUCUUUCUUUAAAAAAAAUUAAGAAGUUACAUGCACUGUUCUGCUCGAUCUGCAUAAAACCAUAAAACGAAUAAACAACAUGUUAUGUUACAACAAUAAAAAGGUAUCAAACCAUU